AUGAUUAAUCAAAAAAACCUCCUCUUAAAAAAUAAGACUAAUUAUCUGACUGCUGUGUACUUUCACUUAAUGGUUUAGGAUUAACAUUUUUAAGUGAUUGCAGAUUCAAGGCUAAAGGAUUAUAAAUUCUUUAUAUUUAGAUCACAAUUUUUCAAAAUUAGUAUUGUAGGAUUUAUAAUUCUUCAGAAUAUUGAAUGUUCAAAAUAACUAAUUAAAGUAUAUUGA